GCUUGUGGCGUGCCGCGUGCUUGUGUGAUUUCUACCCUAGCGCCGAGGCGCGGGCGAGCGAGCGAGCUCUCGGCGCUCCCUGUGGCGGGCGCUGAGAUUGCCGAUGCCUGUCUCUGUGUCUCCCCCCGGAUUGAUUGAUUGGGUUUUAGCUGAGGAUGAUCCUCGGCAAUGCGGGAAGGGAUUCUUCUUCUUGUGAUUCUCGUUUCUGGAUAGAAGGGAGGAGGAGGAGGAGAAGGCGCUGGUGUUCCAGGGGCUGCUACUCGGUGGAGCCGGAUUGAGCUUCUCCUCUCGGAAAAAAAGGAUGGCGGACGUGGGAAGUCCCAGGAGCCAGGAUAGCCCACACUCGGACGACGCUGGUGGCCAUGGUGGCGAACGCGACAACUCCAACGUAAGGGAGCAAGACAGGUUCCUUCCCAUCGCCAACAUCAGUCGGAUAAUGAAGAAGGCGCUGCCGGCGAAUGCAAAGAUCGCCAAGGAUGCCAAGGAGACGGUGCAAGAAUGCGUCUCGGAGUUCAUCAGCUUCAUCACUAGCGAAGCCAGUGACAAGUGCCAAAGAGAGAAGAGGAAGACGAUCAAUGGCGAUGACUUGCUAUGGGCAAUGAGCACGCUGGGCUUCGAGGAGUACUUGGAACCUUUGAAGAUCUACUUGCAAAAGUACAGAGAGACGGAGGGAGACAAAGGAUCGGGAGUCAAGGGAGAAGGCAAGAAGGACCAGAGCAUGGCUGUUCCAUCUCCUGUCCAGUCGAGUAUGUACACCAGCAUGAGUUACUUGCCACAGCAGGCACUCUAGAGUGAGUGGACAAAGCUCUCGUAAAAUUUGUAUGAUGGUGAUACUCUCCUUGUGAGUUAUAGCUAGCUUCUCAAAUCAAAACAACGUCCUUUAAUUCCAUC